GAGAGAGAGAGAGAGAGAGAGAGAGAGAAAGAGACAAAGAGAGAAAGAGAGCACAACAAACGAAUGAUUGCAAAGGCAGAAUCCUCACACGAAAUAAGGCAAAACAUUUCAUGGCAUAGAGCGCGGGAAAGCCAUUCAUCCCACUCCUAUCGCCAUGCAAAGGGCUAUGAAAUCAUGUUAAUGAGCGUGAAAAACUUUUAA